CCAAACAUGAACUAAAGAGAGGAGAAGCGCGCCCCCGAGCGUACACCAAGUCCGAGCGCUUAACACAGUUGUCAUCUUGAACGUGUUACGGAAAUUACAAACGUUAUACAAUGCAUUUUUCCACCGAUGACGAGUAAAAAGAAAACCGUGAAAGCAAUUUUCCCCGUGCACGGGCAUUAACAUGACGAACUUUCGGCUGGUUUUGAAGGAAGCGAGCGUAUGGGUUCCGGUGACGAACUGCUUUUUCGCUGUCAGGAAACUCAGUGCGCUAAAGAUUCAUUCUAGCAUCUGCUGUUUAUCAUCAUCAACAUCACAAGAAUGCUUGGACUAAUGUCGCCUAAAGAUCUCAUCUCACGCUUAAUAUCACCAAAAGCUCCUGAACGUCCCUCGGGGAGCGCAUUUUCCGCACUUUCGCUGAGUUUUAACUUUCGCUGAGUUUUGACCGUCAUCAACGGAAAGGGGAAUUUGUUCUCGAAGUUCAAGUAGCCACUGACUGUAACGCGCACGCUCUUUUUUCCAGAUCUUCGACAGUGUGCAGCUAUCCUCAUACGUUUUUCGCUUUUACUUCGGUAAAGUGGAUACAUGAAUGCUGCUUUCACAGUCACAUGCCUUCAUUCAUAAUCAUUUGUCGCGUAAUAAUGCGGAGAGUGUCCAAUCAUCGAGCUGAGGGCUCAUUUUCUGGUUUAUUUGGCUUUACAAAGUUGUUACGCACAGGAUUAAUGAUCAUAUACGGACUGUUAGCGAUUCACCGUUCACUAGAAAAGUGAAAACUGUACGUUCGUGCAGUGAGCUGGCCAGACACAUCGACGAAGGGAAAAAUAUGCAAACCUAGCAGGAAAAGAAGCCAUCAGAAUUACGGAAAUCCUUUCUUUUCCUCCAGUCUGCUAAUACAAAUGGAUUUUAUGUAAGCAACUCGCUUAUAUCUGCACCAUUAGUGUUCAUAUGAGACAUUCUAGCUUUAGCUUUUGGACGUGAAGCUUGUUAUUAAGAUUUAUUUUGAACUCUCCAUGCAGUAGUUAUGCUGUCUUCACAACGCUGUCGCUUCAUGAAACGUCCAUAUUUUAUUCGUAGUCACUAGACUGCUACUUUCUCACAACAUAAACGAGAGAUUGCGUAUUUUUGUGUAUUUAAGAGGUUUCGUCUCUUGACUGGUCUGAGGAAUAGGUUUUAUGGAUGAUAUGGGAGACCCUCAGGGGUCCGCGCGCCUGGAAGCGCGUUAGGAAUGGCAGCGGCCUGGAUAUUUCUGGACAGUCAUAUUACAUUAACUGAAGCUAUUACGUUUGUCUUCACGAUUUACAUCGAGUUUCCGAAGACAGGACAGAAAGUGACUGAGUGAAGAGUCCCUCUCCAACUGCGUGCAGUUCACCCCAAGCUCAGGCCAUUGAUGGGUGACACUAGAGGACGGGGUGUGUGAGGACCUUCAAUCCUGAACUUCAAUCAAUAGCACUCACAUUCAUACCGGCAAAAUGAAUGAGAGACAGGCUCUCCAUUCAAUUAUGAAGGAUCUGGUGGCCCUGCAGAUGACCAGGCGCCAGCCGGUGUCCACUUAUGACACGGCAAAACCUAAACCUGUCAACACUGCCAGCUCCUCCAACAGAAUGGAGGAUGUCAGGAUUAAGUUUGAGUUCAGUGGUGAAAGAAGGAUUCUGAUGUUUGGGCGGCCUGUGCAGUUUGAGGAAGUCCAGCAGAAAGUCAAAACAUUCUUCGGUCAGCAGUUAGACCUGCAUUAUAUGAAUAAUGAGCUAUCCAUCCCCCUGCGUGAACAGGACGACUUGGAUAAAGCCAUCGAUCUGCUGGACCGCAGCUCAAACAUGAAGAGCAUCAAGAUCAUGCUGCUGACACAGGAACAAAGCAAUGCCUCCUCUCCAUCUCAUCACACAGUCAGUAAGCAGGUUCGCAUUAAAACGUCUCAGUCCACCGGUGAUGUCAGCACUGCCUACCAGUCCUCAGAACCCAGAGGACGCCACCACUCCACCAGUUCUCAGAACACUGGGCGAAGUUCUCCACCCCCUGGUUAUGUUCCUGAGCGGCAACAGCGAAUCGCACGUCAGGGAUCUUACACCAGCAUCAAUAGCGAGGGCGAGUUCAUACCUGAAACCAGCGACCAGUGUGUGCUGGAUCCUUGGAGCAGUGCAGAAAACUCAGUGUCCGGCAGCUGUCAGUCACUGGACAGCAACUCUGACAGCCCCUCACUCAGGAAACCUCGUACUCACAGGGUUAAGAGUUACCCUGACAACCGACAAGACUGUGCAGACCGGGAAAACCAUGCAUAUGAUAAGAUUGUGGGUAAGGGAGGGACGUACCCUCGCAGGUAUCAUGUGUCCCUCCAUCAUAAAGACCACAGUGAAGGUCGACGGACAUUUCCACGGAUCCGUCGUCCCCAGGGAAACUUGUUCACAUUGGUUCCAUCACGGCGAUCACUGAACGGCAGCGAGGAGAGUUUGGGGAGCUGGCAGUUGGUGGAUACUCAGUCCAGACUCCGCCCACAGGACCGCCCAGUCCCUCAUAAGUCCCCUACAGCUCCAGUGACAUGGCGCAGGGGGAAGUUGCUGGGUCAGGGUGCUUUUGGAAGAGUUUAUCUGUGCUAUGAUGUGGACACAGGCAGAGAACUUGCAGCGAAACAGGUUCAUUUUGACCCUGCCAGUCCAGAGACCAGUAAGGAGGUGAGCGCUUUAGAGUGUGAGAUACAGCUGUUGAAGAACCUGCAUCAUGAACGAAUUGUCCAGUACUACGGUUGCCUUAGAGACCACAAUGAGAAGACCCUCACCAUUUUCAUGGAGUAUAUGCCCGGGGGUUCAGUCAAAGACCAGCUAAAGGCCUAUGGGGCUUUGACGGAGAAUGUGACGCGCAAGUAUACGAGACAGAUUCUGGAGGGCAUGUCCUACCUGCACAGCAACAUGAUCGUCCACAGGGACAUCAAAGGUGCAAACAUCCUGCGAGAUUCAGCCGGCAAUGUGAAGCUGGGAGAUUUUGGUGCCAGUAAGCGGCUUCAGACCAUCUGCAUGUCCAGCACUGGGGUCCGUUCUGUUACCGGUACACCGUACUGGAUGAGCCCAGAGGUCAUCAGUGGAGAGGGGUAUGGCCGGAAGGCAGACGUUUGGAGUCUUGGCUGCACUGUGGUGGAGAUGUUGACAGAAAAGCCCCCUUGGGCUGAAUACGAGGCCAUGGCGGCCAUAUUUAAGAUCGCCACUCAGCCCACCAACCCCCAGCUGCCCUCUCACAUCUCCGAGCACACGCGGGACUUCCUCCGCUGCAUCUUCGUGGAGGCCAAAUACCGGCCGAGUGCGGAGGAGCUGCUCAGACAUCCCUUCUCUCAGAUCUUGUGCUGAGGAGGCCCAUCGAGCUGCUUCAACUGGUUAAAACCCCCCAGAGGAACCAGGUUCCCUUUUCAAAAAACAUUUACGAGUGCGAUAAGCUCAGUUACAAAGGCAAUCUAGGUUUCCAGAGCAUGUGACCUGCCAGCACCCAAUCAGCUGUUGCCUGGAUUAGGUCAUAAAACUGGUUAAUUCUCUAUCAGUUUAAAAUGUGAUGUCUCUGUGACAGCAGGGGGCGCUACAGGACUUUCAUGCUGCACACACUCUUUACUUCAGGAAUAAACAGGUUGACGGUGUCACAGGAUGAGCAGAUGCAACAAACAUGAUACUGUUUGAGCUGCUUCAGACUGGACUUUUUAUUACAACAACUGCCAAAUGUGCCUUCUGAAGCCAACAGGGUCUGAAUCUCCUUGAAUGAGGUUUUCAGACAUCAAGAAUGUCUCCUAGUAAUGAAUGUUUCAUACAGUCCACAGCAGAGUUGAGAAGUCAGUGUUUUACAAGCCAUUUUCCUGGGAUCUCCAUGUGCGCCUAUUGUCUCUGACUACAGGCACUUAGUCAGUGUUGAAGGAAACAUAAUAAUUGUCUCAUUUUGUUCCUGCCUCAGAUGAAUGAGGGUCUUGCGCACGUCAGUCUCGAACGCUUUGAAUUUGUGGUUAAUCUUAUAUUUUGAUUAAUCUUUAUAGAAUUGCACUUCCUUGAUUUGUCGUUUGUAAGAAGCGUUUUAGUCUGUUACAGAAAGCUGUUACUCUCUUUUUUUGUCUUGAGGGUCAGGGCAUGAGGUUAUAGUGUUAUAUGCUCUUUGGACAAAGCGUAAUACGUAGUUUUGUACCGCCGUAGUGCCUUAUGGUGUCCUGUAGAGAGCAGCAGUACAGUACUUAAGAUGCAGCUAAUCUCACCAGUAGUCUUCCCAUAGUGAUGAGAUGUUAAAUUGGGAAUCUCGUAAGGUGUUUUAUCGGUUAUUUUGGGUAUGGCGAGAUAUUGAGAGCACAUUAAGAUGUAUAUUAGUUUUCUCUCCAGCCCAGCCAAAGAAAACGAAUCAAGAAAGUGUUGUGCCUUAAGUGUCGUAUGGCAGUAUAUCGGACUCAUUUGGAUCAGAUGCACUUUUAUUAAAUGAAUGUUGAAUUUACCAAAUUGUUCAUUUGUUACACAGAAUGUGAAGCCUUUUUCACUUUUAUUUAUAUCCCAUUGUUCUGCCAUUUUAUAUACGAGUAUAUAUAUAUGUAUAUGUAUAAAUCUAUUUUUAUAUAGUGACUCUGAACUGAGUUAUGCUUUUAGGAACAGAAGAUGAGUUAGAAACAAGAAUUGUAAAAGCAGCUGGUUUUGCAGAGACUACAACAUGAUUUUACAUGUGUUUAUUUCUGGCUGGAAAUUGAGCUCUGGCGAAUUUAUGCCGCGCCUGAUCUGUGCAAGUCACAAGUCCUCUGUACUCACGUUUUUUAAAGUGUUUAUUGUGUGUGUGUGUGACUAUUUCUGUUUAUCCGUCUGCUUUUUCCCCUAAGGAUAUUGGAGAGAAUCUCAUGCAGACAGGAUUUUAAUGCAGGUUGUUACAGGAAGUGACCAGUGCCAUGAAUCAUUCUCAGAAAUACAUGUACACACAGAUAUUCACAUUUGCUGCCACUUAGGAAUGACUUGCACAGAUAUGUAUUUACCUUUAUGUAUUCAGAGUUGCCGUGUUAAAGGUGUAAAA